UACCAAACAUCUGGACAACAAAAGGGCUAAGGGGAGCUUAAAGUGAGGCAGCUGUGAGGCAGAGCAGCAGACGGACUGAAGUCUUCAACAUGAAUCCUGCUCUGCUGGCGUCUGCGCUGUCUUUGUUGGCCACAGUGGCAGCUCAGUCACACGACCAUUAUGACAUGGGCUGGGUGAAUGGCUACCGCCAGGGCUUCAACUUCCAGUGUCCCCAUGGAGAAGCCCUCGUAGCCAUCAGGAGCUACUUCAGUGAGAAGGAAGGCUCGGACCGCUUGUGGUCUUUUGAGUGCCAGCCUACACCUGAGAGUCUGGGCGAGCCAAGUGACUGCUGGUGGGACGACAUAAACCGUGGCGGUUUGGAGUGGACAUCGACGUGCAGCCGAAAUGGCCUGGUGGCGGGCGUUCAAAGCAAGUACUUUGAAUCCGUCCUUGACCGCGAAUGGCAGUUCUACUGCUGCUACUACAAGCGCCGCUGCCCGUACAACUGCAUGAAGACCGCUGACGUUCCUGAAUAUUACAGAGAAGAGGCAGAGAUGGUUAUCCCAGCGUACGGCUACUUCAUCCGAGGGGCCCAGACUACAUUCAGUGGGGUUCUCAGAGAUCGGCAGUGGAAGUACAUUUUGUGCAGGAUGACAGACUUUGACUGUGAAUUUGAGAAUUUAUAGACCUGUAAGCAGGAUCUUACACACAGACAUGUAAAAUAUAUAACCAUUGCUUAGUCACACCAUAUUGAUGAUAAAGCAUAAAAGUAUUAACGUUUUUGUUUAUGACUUUUCACUUUAUAAGUAGAGCAACUUAAUGAAUGUUCUCUAAUUGUAAUCACUUUUUAUUAGUCUAGCAUGAAUAACUGAUACGAAAUGCAAAAUUGUACACGUUGAAAUAAAUAUCUACACCUGGGGUCAAGUGAAUAUUUGAGCUUCACAGCUUUUCACCUGAGGAGGACCGACAAAUCCAUUAACAGCAUGUUUUACAAGCGUUUCCCAGAGCAGAGGCAAGCAUUUCGUAUUAUGUUUAUUGCCUUUGAAAAGAAUGUCAUCUGGCUCUGUUUUAAGAUCUCACAGCUAGUGAACCAAAGGCGCUCAGUGAGUUGCGUGACUUAGGAUAUUCUCUCGAUAGCAAAAUUGGAACAAUAGUUUAGAUUGACGAGGAGGAAUGAUUAUUGUACAUUAAGUGUGUUGCAUGCAGCCAACUGUGUUCCGCUUACUUUUAAUGGAUCAAUUCUUUCUUUUAUAGCAUGUUAUGUUUGGCAUAUUUGUCUGUUUAAAAACUGUAAUAAAGAUAUUUAUUGUUAAAAA